CGUAUAUUCACAUUGACAUUGAUAUCAACAAAGGCAUACACACACAAAUAGUGCAGAUCCGAUCCCAUCAGCCCCUGGUAACAAACGCCUCACGAGUAUUUUGCGUCCACCCAUAAACUCCGGGAUCAUUUUCAUUCAUUCAUUUAGAAGAAGAAACCCUAACGACCUCCUUCUGACCGUCGCCGAUUUUUCCUCAUCUUACUUACUAAUGGUUUGGUGAUAAAGUGGCUGCACAAGUGAUAUAACUUGAUUGAAGUCUCCAAGUCAUAGUUAGAUCCUUAAGACAAUGGCUAUGUCGUUCAUCUCAAAGAGGAGUUCUUUGCUCCUUAUCACGUAUGUGGUUUUCGCUGGUCACUUCUGCAAUGGGUUUUAUUUGCCUGGAAGCUACAUGCAUACAUACUCAACAAAUGACGAAAUAUUUGCCAAAGUUAAUUCAUUGACAUCUAUCGAGACUGAGCUUCCAUUUAGCUAUUACAGUCUACCAUACUGCACACCCAAAGGGGGCGUAAAGAAAAGUGCUGAGAAUUUAGGAGAAUUACUUAUGGGAGACCAAAUUGACAACUCUCCCUAUCGUUUUAGGAUGAAUGUCAACGAAUCUGUUUUUCUCUGCACCACACAUGCGUUAAAUGAGCAUCAGGUAAAGCUUCUUAAACAGAGAACACGUGAUCUGUAUCAAGUUAACAUGAUUCUGGAUAACUUGCCUGCAAUGAGGUUUGCCAACCAGAAUGGUAUGAAAAUUCAGUGGACAGGGUUCCCAGUGGGAUUUACGCCUCCCAACAGUAAUGAUGAUUACAUUAUCAAUCAUGUCAAGUUCAGGGUCUUUGUACAUGAGUAUGAAGGUUCAGGUGUGCAGAUAAUUGGUACCGGUGAAGAAGGUAUGGGUGUGAUAGAAAGUGCAGAGGAUAAGAAAAAGGCCUCUGGCUACGAGAUUGUUGGUUUUGAGGUUUUCCCUUGCAGUGUUAAAUAUGAACCUGAAAAGAUGGCAAAACUCCACCAAUAUGAUCAAGUGGACUCGCUAAACUGUCCUUUGGAACUGGAAAAGUCUCAGAUAAUAAGAGAGCAAGAGAAAAUAUCCUUCACUUAUGAAGUCGAGUUUGUGAAGAGCAACGUGAGAUGGCCAUCUCGUUGGGAUGCUUAUCUUAAGAUGGAAGGUGCUCGUGUCCACUGGUUCUCAAUUCUUAACUCAUUAAUGGUGAUCUUUUUCUUGGCUGGUAUUGUAUUUGUCAUCUUCUUAAGAACUGUGAGAAGGGAUCUCACACGAUAUGAAGAAUUAGACAAAGAAUCUCAAGCACAGAUGAACGAAGAGCUAUCAGGAUGGAAACUUGUAGUCGGUGAUGUGUUUCGAGAGCCAACCAACUCCAAACUUUUAUGUGUUAUGAUAGGAGAUGGCGUGCAGAUCACAGGAAUGGCAGUUGUUACUAUCUUAUUUGCGGCAUUUGGCUUUAUGUCACCGGCUUCACGAGGUAUGCUAUUAACUGGAAUGAUAAUCCUUUAUCUUUUCUUGGGAACUGGAGCCGGAUAUGCUGGAGUAUAUCUGUGGCGAACACUUAAAGGGACUUCAGAAGGCUGGCGAUCUGUAUCUUGGUCGAUUGCAUUCUUCUUUCCUGGUAUCGUCUUCGUCAUCCUCACUGUAUUAAACUUCAUUCUUUGGGGCAGUAACAGUACAGGUGCCAUUCCAAUUUCACUAUACUUUCUUCUUCUGGCGCUCUUGUUUUGUAUAUCGGUACCACUCACCCUUUUGGGGGGGUACUUGGGGACGCGAGCUGAACCUAUUCAGUUCCCAGUUCGAACCAACCAGAUUGCCAGAGAAAUACCUGCCCAAAAAUACCCAUCUUGGCUACUAGUGAUUGGUGCAGGAACCCUUCCUUUUGGAACCCUUUUUAUUGAGCUCUUUUUCAUCCUUUCAAGCAUCUGGCUUGGAAGAUUCUACUAUGUAUUUGGGUUUUUGUUUGUGGUUCUUACAUUACUGGUGGUGGUUUGUGCUGAAGUGUCGGUUGUUCUGACCUACAUGCAUCUUUGUGUCGAGGACUGGCAGUGGUGGUGGAAAGCAUUUUAUGCUUCGGGUUCUGUCUCUCUUUAUGUAUUUCUGUAUUCCAUGAAGUAUCUGGUUUUUGACCUUCAAAGUUUAAGCGGCCCGGUGUCGGCUAUAUUGUAUCUUGGAUACUCGCUUAUUGUUGCAAUUGCAAUCAUGCUAUCUACCGGCACCAUUGGGUUUAUUACAUCCUUCUACUUUGUCCACUACCUGUUCUCUUCGGUGAAGAUCGAUUAGGGGGGGUGGCUUGUGCAAAUUUUUAUAGGCAGGCGCAAAUAUCAAACCUAAGAUGUAAUUCAGCAUAGAAGGCCUGUAAAUUAUCCGGCUUAUUGAAGAUUAGAGAUCCAGUAGGGAUAUAUAUUGUCUUUUAUUUGUUCUGCCCUUUUUAAAACUUGUUAUAAUUGUUGCAGUGUCUUGUAUGUUCCAACAUUUGAAGAAAUAGGUGUUAUGAUAUAUUCUAUGGGUCAAAGUUGAAGGCUUUAUUAUCUA